AUGCAAGAGAACCGACAGACGGCAGCAUAUCAUCGCUGUGGAAGGACGGAUGUCGGCGUCAGUGCAUUUGGCCAGGUAGUUUCGAUCGCCCUUCGCAGCAAUGUCACCGAAGGAAAGGGCGUUUUCUUUCCUGAAAACUUUUGUCGAGAGAAAGCUCAGAGUUCAACCACUGGUGAAAUUGACUAUCCUGUGGUAUUGAAUCGAGUGUUACCUCCAGAAAUUCGAGUUCUUGCUUGGUGUCCCGUUGAAAAAAGUUUCAGCGCUAGAUUCAGUUGCUUGUCUCGUACUUACAAGUAUUACUUUCCCAAAGGAAACUUAAAAAUUGAGAAAAUGAGAACGGCUUGCCAUUAUUUACUGGGUGAACAUGAUUUCCGGAACUUCUGUAAAAUCGAUGUGGCUAAAAAUGGCUUUGCUCACUGUACAAGGUGCAUCACUGCUGCUGACGUGACAGUAGAAGACUCUGGAAGUAAAUCUGGCGUCGAAACGAAUGACGGUCAAGGUGAGUCAGAUGACAGUGUGGAUGCAAGAAUUCUUUGCCUCACGAUAACGGGCAAAGCAUUCCUCUGGCACCAGAUUCGUUGCAUCCUUUCUGUUCUUUUUCUGAUUGGACAAGGUAAAGAAAACCCGGAGGUGGUGCUCGACUUGCUAGAUGUGGAACAUCACCCAGGAAAACCGCAGUAUAACUUAGCACUUGGUGAGAAUUUCUGUAUUAUUUAA